AUGCACGUUGAUACCAACCUGGACACCUUGCCGUUUGAUGUGCUUCAGACCAUCGCGACCUCACUGGAAGUCCUCGACCUUAUCCAUCUCAGACAGGUGUCAAAACGACUGCGGGACUUCACCUCCGAGAGAGUAGUAUGGACCGAGAAAUACAGGACGUCCCAUCUUCCUCGUCCUCCAGGACCCCUCACCUCUCACUCCCUCCUUGACCUGGAGAAGAUCCUUGUCAGGACAGCUAAAGUUCACCAAAACAUGGUCACGAAAGCGGAGCCCCUAUCUAUCCGGGACACCGACAUCGGGGCGGAGGAGGACUUUCGCCUCUUGGCCGGGCGGUGGCUGAUCUCCCGAUCUACGGACGAGGUACACUGCCGGGACUUGGACAACCCCGAUUUUCCAAGGUCGAGUCCCAUCGUAUGCAUCCACGAGUGCUCAGAUGACUAUAAUCUAUCUUCGCUUGACUGCAUCGAAAUAAUCGGUCACAAUGGACACUCCCAUGCGUUUAUUAUAAUCAUCGAGCAGCGCGGGCUGGAAGAGGCUUGGCUAAUAGUACUCAAACUAAGGGAGCUCACUCAAGCCAACGAACUAUGCGACGAAAUUUACCGCCGACAUUUUUAUCUGUUGGGCUCCUCGUCUUCUGUAGAGGCUGCCAUCGGGCCAUCUUCUCUUCUUGUCAAAUGGGAAAAUGUGAACAAUGUACUCCUGAUAAUCGACAUAAACGACACACAACCUGUUUCACCGCUAGAAGUGUUUGACGACACGACAGAAGAGGUAUGGGACUAA